UGGUUACAAAUUCAAAAUAUCGGUAUUCUGAAUUCUUGAUACCGUGACAAAAGUUACAAAAAUUGUUACCUGCCAAUUAGGAGGUAACAAGCUCGUUACAGCUGUUUUCAUGUGUACAUAUUUCGAGUUGUGCGAAUCAAAGAUAAUUAAAAUUAUAAAAUUAAUAAAGUUUGCUUAUUGAAGUCGCCAAUUAAACUUUUAAGCAAAGAAUGGAAGAAGCACUUUUAGUUCUUUGUGCUAUGCAAAUGGAGCAGGAAGAAGUGUUGGAAAGGAAACGGCUGCUCAGAAGCCUGCGGGACAGCAGUGACCCAUUCUCCAUGUCUGAAACAGUUUUCGUACAAUAUUUUCGCCUGUCUAAAGCGGUGUGUAAUGAGCUUAUUGAAGAGCUCAUGCCAUUUGAUGAUCAGAAGACAUCGCUUCCAUUUGGCCUACGCUUUUUUGCUUCCCUUUAUUUCUUCGCCAAUGGAUCAUACCAAAAAUGCGUUGGAAACAAUUUUGUGGCUUCAAUGAGCCAGCCGUCAGUGUCGCGAUCACUUCAGCACAUAUCAGCUAUUAUUGUUAACAGAAAACUAAACGAAGUAAAUUUUCCCAAAACAAAUGAAGAACAAUUGACCAUCAAAACGGGCUUUUACGUGUCUUUCGGCGUAAAAAGUACAAUAGGCGCGAUCGAUUGCACCCACAUUGCAAUUAUUGCUCCUUCGUCGAUUGAUCCUUCAAAGCCAAGCAGCCUCUACAUGAAUAGAAAAGGAUUUUAUAGCAUAAAUGUGGAAGCCGUUUGUGAUCAUAGCCUAAAAUUUUUAGCAGUGAACGCUAGAUUUCCGGGCUCAUGCCAUGAUUCCGGAAUUUGGACAACAUCGGCAGUACGCUUGUUCAUGAUGAGACAAAGUGGUAGCUGGCUUUUGGGAGACCAAGGAUAUCCCCUGGAGCCUUGGCUUCUAACUCCAAUUCCAGAGCCAUCCAGUACACAAGAGGAAAGGUACAAUAAGUUACAUGCCAAAGCUCGCAAUGUAGUUGAGAGAGCUUUCGGGGUGCUAAAAUCGCGAUUUAGGUGCCUUUCGAAGCAUCGAGCUUUGCACUACAGUCAUGAAAGAGCAGUCAACAUUAUAAAUGCGUGCGUAAUUUUGCAUAAUAUUGCAUUAAAGAAAUGUCCGCUUACUUUUAUCGAGACUAAUGAGGCAGAAUUCGAUACUCCAUCCACACCAGCAAACGUUAUUCGAAGUCAGUAUUAUCGUGAAGGUCAGAUAAUACGUUCUCGAUACAUUCAAACGCUUUAA